CUUUCCCUCCAUUUUAGUGCCCUUAAUAAAUCGAACAGACCAGUUGAGCGAGCAUUCUUGCUGUCCGCUGAGUCGUCCAUUCUUUCUUCACAUCUCUCUUCUUUCUUUUCACUUCGGUACAGCUGUUCACAAUGGUUUGCCCUUCUGCUAUCGCCUCCGGGCUGGGCGCCGUCGGUGCCGCUGCUGGCUCCGCCAGUGCUCCUCGAUACUCGCUGUACUUCGACCAGUACCACACUGAGGUCCUCCCCAACAAGACGAUGACCGCUGGUAUCACACACGUCAUCACGUCUUUUGCCAACUCAUCCAUCUUCGCCUCCGACCCCGUGGGCACUUACACCCCGUUCAUGCCCAUCCCCGAUAUCCGCGCCAUGUUCGACAACGGAACACAGGUGUGCCUGGCUAUUGGAGGCUGGGGUGACACCCUUGGCUUCCGCCAGGGCCUCGCCACCGAGGAGUCCCGUUCGCUAUAUGCCAGCAACAUUGCGUCCAUCAUGGACACCCACGGCUUCGACUGCAUUGACAUCGACUACGAGUACCCCGCUGGAAACGGCUACGACUACAAGCAAGUUCCCAACUCGGACCUCGUCGGCGAGAUCGAGACGCUACCUCAGCUGCUCGCCUCUAUCAAGCAGGCCAUUGGCAGGAGGGAGCUCUCCAUUGCCGUGCCCGGCCUCGAGCGCGACAUGAUCGCCUUCACCCCCGAGUCCGGUCCCCUGAUCGACAGUGCCGUCGAUGCGGUCCACGUCAUGACCUACGAUCUCAUCAACCGCCGUGACAACUACACCAAGCACCAUACCGACGUCCAGGGCUCUCUCAACGCCAUCCAGGCCUACCUCGACCGUGGCUUCACCCCCUCCAAGUUGAACCUCGGAAUUUCCUUCUACGCCAAGUACUUCACCCUCGCCGCCAACACCACCUGCACGCAGCCCAUCGGCUGCCCUCUUGAGCCGGCCGAGGAUGCUCAAGGCCAGGACACCGGCACAUCCGGCGCUGUGACCUUUGAGGCCUCUUCCUUCCCCAUCGUGAUCGACCCCAGCACGCUCACCACAUCCACUGACGGAUCUUGCGGCACCGGCACCCAGUUCAUGUGCUCUGGUCCCGCUACCGGUGGCGCCUGCUGCUCCCAGUACGGCUUCUGCGGUGCCACCUCCGGUCACUGCGGCACCGGCUGCCAGGACCAGUACGGAACCUGCUCUCCGGGCGCCAAGAAGACCACCGCGCAGUCUUUCGCUGACGCCCUGGCCAACGGCCAGCUUGACGCUGAGAACGGCGGUCAGUGGUACGUCGACGCCGACGCUGGUCUGUACUGGACAUACGACACCCCAGAGCUGGUCGCCCAGAAGUUCACCGACAUCGUCGCCGCCAAGGGCCUGGGUGGUGUUAUGGCUUGGUCUCUUGUUGAGGACAGCUACGACUGGUCCCUUCUCAAGGCUAUGCAGGACGGCGUCAAGGGUCUGGUCGCUGAUGCUACUGCCGCGGCCCCCCAAUCCAAGACGGUCCGUCGCAGACGAAACUAGAGGAGGACUGGCGACGCUGAGGCAGAGUGGACGCCUCUACUUCAAGAGACAAGCGUAUGACGUGGGGUGGACGAAUGGGGUCU